AUGGAUCCAAGUUUGGUGUUGGAGGAGACCGUUCAAGAUGUGUCCAACUUGGAUGCAGAGUUUCGUUACAUGCUAGAGGAGAUGAGAGGCACAGAUGCAGAGUUGCAGGAAAGACGGAAGAAAUGUCAACAAAAGGAGGCUCAGAUGCACAAGUUUAUACGACAGAACGGAUCGAUCACCGAGUUCCCCAAGGAGGAUACGGUAGAGAGGGAGCUCCAUGACAGUCUGGCCGCUUUCAAAGAGUUGCAGAGGGAUAAAAUACUGUUAGCCAAUACAUCCUUAUUUCUUGUGUCAAGGCACUUGGAAAAACUAGAUAAAAGUAUCGCCAUCCUAGAGGAGGACGGUGUAUUAGCACCACUGGAAGACGAGUUGGAAUCGGUACCGGAUUCCGGUAGAGAAGACUCUGUAUCCAGUGUGACAAUGGAGAGAAACAAACGUCUUUCCGCCGCCGUCCCUACGGAUGGUUCAAGUCUCAAGAAAAAGAAAUACAUGCGCUCGGUGUCCAUUGACAAAGACAGCGAUUUUUCGAAGCAGGCCACACGGAAAACCAUAUCUCCAGUACGAAUAUCUGAUAAUGACAUCGACACGGACACACAGAAGUACGACGAUGAACUCUUUUCCAACAACGCGGAAAACGACGAAGAGGACAAAACGCUCUACUGCUUCUGUCAGAGUGUGUCCUACGGCGAAAUGGUGGCCUGUGACGGACCCAACUGCAAGUACGAAUGGUUCCACUACUCCUGCGUGAACCUGAAGGAGCCACCAAAGGGCACCUGGUACUGUCCGGAUUGCAAAGAAGAAAUGCUCCGGGAAAAGACGCCCAAGAAGAAAAAAGCGUAA